AGCUGCUCCGUCACCACUGACAACAUCAAACAUGGCGGCGUCUGUGAGGGAGAAGCAGACAGUCGCUUUGAGGCGGAUGCUGAACUUUAAUGCUCCACCUCUGAAGAACACUGCAGCCGAACCAGUAUGGAAGGUGCUGAUAUAUGACCGCUUUGGUCAGGACAUCAUCUCCCCGCUGCUGUCUGUUAAAGAGCUGAGAGACAUGGGCAUCACCCUGCAUCUACUGCUGCACUCAGACAGAGAUCCCAUUCCUGAUGUUCCUGCCAUCUACUUCGUCAUGCCCACUGAGGAAAACAUCGACCGCAUCUGUCAGGACCUGAGGAACCAGCUGUAUGAGUCAUACUACCUGAACUUCAUCUCGGCCAUCAGCAGAAGUAAACUGGAGGACAUUGCCAGUGCUGCGCUUGCUGCUAACGCCGUCACCCAAGUCACCAAGGUGUUUGAUCAGUACUUGAACUUCAUCACGCUGGAGGACGACAUGUUUAUCCUCUGUCACCAAAACAAGGAGCUCAUCUCCUACCACGCCAUCAACAGAGCAGACAUCCAGGACACAGACAUGGAGGCCAUAAUGGACACCAUCGUAGACAGUCUCUUCUGUUUCUUCGUCACCUUGGGUGCGGUCCCGAUCAUUCGCUGUCCUCGUGGUAAUGCAGCAGAAAUGGUGGCCGUGAAACUGGACAAGAAACUGCGUGAAAACCUGCGAGAUGCCAGAAACAGCCUGUUCACAGGAGACAGCAUGGCUGCAGGACAGUUCAGCUUCCAGCGGCCGCUCUUCGUCCUGGCAGACCGUAACGUGGACAUGGCCACGCCCCUCCACCACACCUGGACCUAUCAGGCGCUGAUCCACGACGUGCUGGACUUCCAUCUGAACCGUGUGAUGAUGGAGGAGGGCGCGGGGGCGGAGCCACCGCCCACCGGCGCCAGACCCAAGAAGAAGAGCCGCAAGACCUACGACCUGACGUCUGCAGACAAGUUCUGGCAGAAACACAAGGGCAGUCCUUUCCCCGAGGUGGCGGAGUCGGUUCAGGAGGAACUGGACACAUACCGAGCCCAGGAGGACGAGGUCAAACGUCUCAAGAGCAUCAUGGGUUUAGAGGGAGAGGAUGAAGGAGCCAUCAGCAUGUUGUCAGAUAACACCGCCAAACUCACCUCUGCCGUCAGCUCUCUCCCUGAGCUCCUGGAGAAAAAGCGACUCAUCGACCUGCACACCAACGUCGCCACCGCAGUGUUGGACCACAUCAAGAGCCGGAAACUCGACGUUUACUUUGAAUACGAAGAAAAGCUGAUGAGCAAAUCUACUUUAGACAAAUCACUGCUGGACAUCAUCAGUGACCCAGACGCCGGGACUCCAGAAGACAAGAUGAGACUUUUCCUGAUCUUCUACAUCACAGCUCAGCAAGUUCCUUCUGAGUCGGACUUGGAGCAGUACAAGAAGGCCUUGACGGACGUGGGCUGUGACCUCUCGCCUCUCAACUACAUCAAGCAGUGGAAGGCGUUUACCAAGAUGGCCGCCACCACUAACUACGGUAACAGUGGAGUCAAACCCAUGGGGCUCUUCUCCAGAGUGAUGAACACCGGCUCUCAGUUUGUGAUGGAGGGUGUGAAGAAUCUGGUCGUCAAACAGCACAAUCUUCCGGUCACUCGAAUCCUGGAUAAUCUGAUGGAGAUGAAGUCUCAUCCUGAAACUGAUGAUUAUCGAUACUUUGACCCAAAAAUGCUGCGAGGCAGCGAGAGCUCCAUUCCCAGGAACAAAAACCCGUUUCAGGAGGCCAUCGUGUUCGUUGUUGGAGGAGGAAACUACAUUGAGUACCAGAACCUGGUGGACUACGCAAAGUCCAAACAGGGAAAAAAGGUUGUUUACGGCUGCAGUGAACUUUUCAAUGCUGCUCAGUUCAUCAAACAGCUCUCUCAGCUGGGACAGAAGUGA